AUGGUCUCCCAACGCGAAAGAGAACUCCUUCGAGGAGACAUCCGUGCCCGGGGAUCCAAGCUCACCGCGGCCGAGCGAGAGGAACUCCUGAAGCCAUACCUCCCCGAUCCGGCCGAGCUGCGCAGUCGGCCACGCCGCAAGAAGACACCGCCGCGGAAGACGCCCAUUCGCACGUUCCUGAAAUCCCAGCUGCAUCAGCUCGUCUACACCAUCAUCCAUAUCUUCUUCGGGAUCGCGACGCGCCUCGUGCAUACGUAUCAUGCCGUCGUGGAUCGCAUCUUCGCCCUCGUGUACUACCACCACCGGACCCCCGAGUUAAUCCGCAAGGACGUGAAGAACCUCGACCGGCUGCCGCAACACCUCAGCGUCAUCCUGUCCCUCCGGAAGGAAGACGAUGCCUUGGCGGUCCUGAUGGAUGAGGUGGCGGAGCUGGCCGCCUGGAGCGCCAGCGCGGGCAUUCCAGUGUUGAGUGUCUAUGAAAGAAGCGGACUUCUGAAAUCGUGCAUCCCGCUCCUCCACCAGAUCGUCACGAAGAAGCUCUCCUCCUACUACGGAUCUCCCUCGCAGCAACCGACGUUACAGCUGUUCGCUCCUCAUCAUCCCGUCUACCAACCGCAGGACGAGCCCGAUCGGUUCGCCGAGAAAUCCAACUCCCAGACCCUGACCCUCUUGCUUCUUUCCGCCACCGACGGCCGCGAGACGUUCGUGGACCUCACCAAAACCCUGGCAGAAAUGUCGCAGAACGGAAAACUGUCCCCCGCCGACAUUACGAUGGAGUUGGUCGAUGCGGAAAUCAGCGAGAUUACGACGCAGCCGUCCCAACCGACCACUGAAGGUCCGGAUGACGCCGUUCCAGCGGUGGCUGUGAAACCCGAGCCGGACCUCUUGCUGGUGUUUGGGCCGAUCUUGAAGCUAGAUGGGUACCCGCCGUGGCAUAUCCGUCUCACCGAGAUGUUCUGCACGGGCGACAAUAGUAGUAACAUGAAUGGGUCUGGUGGAGCGGUCGAGUACCAGGGCUUUCUCCGGGGGCUGUGGCAUUAUGCAGGGGCACAGAUGAGAUUUGGUCGUUGA